UUGAGGGUGCCGAAGAUGUUCUCCGUAAUGUCCAGCCAUCGUCUCUGGUGGUGUAGCCUUCAGAGGAGAAUCUGCCUGAACCAGCCAGUUGUAAGCAGGCAGCACUUUCAGCAUAUGCACAUCCGAGUUGGAGACCGGGCAGAACUCAGCAGAGCCUUCACACAAAGGGAUGUGGUUGCCUUCUCAGAACUAACAGGGGAUGUCAAUCCUUUGCAUUUAAAUGAAGAUUUUGCAAAACACACCAAGUUUGGAAAGACAAUUGUGCAUGGAGUUUUGAUCAAUGGACUUAUUUCAGCUCUCCUGGGUACUAAAAUGCCAGGCCCAGGCUGUGUAUUUAUUUCCCAGGAAAUUCACUUUCCAGCCCCUUUAUAUGUUGGAGAAGUUGUUGUAGCUUCUGCAGAAGUGAAAAGGCUGAAGCGGUUCAUUGCUGUUAUUGCUGUGUCAUGCUUUGUAAGAGAAAGUGAAAAGACUGUUAUGGAAGGCUGUGUUAGAGUUAUGGUCCCAGAAGCUCCCAAACCCUGAAAUAGGUGUUUAAAGAUGCAAGUUCAGGCAUCAGUGUUACUGUUAUUGAAGAGCCUCUGAGGAAAACGGAUUGCUGCUCUUCAACAAGGAGUGGCCAGCAGCCCCAGCAGCCCACAGUGGGGGAGGGCAAAGGUAGCGAGGUGUUCACAUGUCCACUUUCUAAUUUGGCCUUAGGCUUCAUACAGACGAGUCUAUUUAUCAUCUAAGUUUGUAAAUUUGAAAAAAUAUGGGGGGAGUUAUUUAGCUCAAAGUUCUAAUUUUAGGAUUUUAAACCAAGUUAUAUUUGCAUUUGGAUAACAAACUUACCUAUAUCUGUGUAGAAUAAAUUUCUCAGUGAAUUUAUAGCUAGGUAGCAUUUAAUUUUUGACGGCAACUAGAAUAGAAGUUGGGUCAUCUUUGAACACCUGUCUUUUACCAACAAAUAUUAGAUACUGUUCUUCCGUAGUUUCUGGGUCAGAGUGUUUUGUAAUUCGUUACUGUUUAUACCAAGAUGGCAUCUUGCUUAACCUUCAAGUGGUACAUGCCUCUCAAAUGGUUUCUUGUUAUCAGAGAAAGAUUUAAACUCAGUUAUGUAAACUCUUGGUCUAAUCUAUAAAAUGGGGGUAAUAACACCUACCACCGGGUUGUUGGAGAUACAAAUAGCAAAGCACAAGGCCUAACCUGUAAACAGUAGCUACUAGUGUUCCUUCUCCCCUGUGAAUGAGGUUAGAGGUUUUCCUGAGUUUAAAGCUAACUGGCCCGCAGGUAAACAGGCCAGUCUUUCAGGAUGUCAACCAAUCUCUUGGCAUUUUAAACCUGGAAUAGCUCUUGAGUGCAAAAUUUCUAUUUUAGCAAUCCAGAUUAUUGUCUCCCUUCCUUGAUGAUGUGGGUUCCUCCCGUAUAUAAAUAAUAUAUACCUAUUGUAAAAAAAUUUUAUAAGAAAUAAAAAGUAUAAGGAA